AUGCAACACUUUCGCAGUGCCGAAUCUACUUACGAGAAGGUUCUUGCGCUCAAGACUCUCGGAAACGCCGGAAUUGGCAUGUCCGUUAACGAGCUCGUCCAACUCAUCCAAGACACACGUCAACCAAUUGCUAUCCGCACUGAAGCGGUUGAUGCUCUCCGUCUUCUCAAGGAUGUUAUGCCACGCAAGAUCCAGAAAGUUCUCCUUCCAGUCUACAAGAACCGUCAAAACAAGCCAGAACUCCGUAUGGCUGCCCUCUGGAGAAUGAUGGAAACUCUCCCAGAAGAGCCAGUUCUUGCUCACAUCGUCUCUCAAAUGGAGAAGGAAUCCAAUCAACACGUUGCUGCUUUCACCUACAACGUCAUCCGUCAAUUCGCUAGCUCCACCAACCCAUGCACUCAAUCAUUGACUGUCCGUUGCUCCAACAUUCUUCUUUUCACCCGUUACCAGCCACAAGAACAAAAUCUUUCCACCUACGCUCAACUCCCAAUCUUCCAAUCUGACAUGCUUUCCGGAGUUCAAUUCGACUUCGCUACCAUUUUCGAGAAGAACUCUUUCUUGCCAAAGGAAAUUCAUGCUUUUUUCGAAUCUCUUUUCGGAGACAACUGGCUCAGAAACUUUGCUCAAGUCGGAUUCACCCAACAAAACUUUGCACAAAUCAUCCUCAAGGCCCUCGAGAGACUUUCCCUUUACGGAAAACAGUCCGAUGAGCUCCGUUCCCGUCGUGUUCAAUCCGGAAUUCAGAUGCUCCAAGAGAUCGUAAAAAAGAUGAACAUCCGUCUACAUAUCCAACGUACCGAUGAACAAUCUGCUCACGCUGUUUUCUACCUCCGCUACAAGGAUAUGGACUUUGUUGUACUACCACUCGACAUGCAAACCAUUGACAACCUCCUCGAGAAGUACGUCAGAAAUGGAGAUUUCGAUAUCAAAUCUGUUCUCACUCUUGUGAACAAUGAUUCCACUUUUGAGCUUCACCGUACCCUCUCCAUCUACGAAUCCGAGCGCAUCAUCCCAACCACCAUUGGAGUACCACUUUCCAUUUCAGGAAAAAAACCAACCAUCAUUUCUCUUACCGGAAAGGUUUUGGUUGAAAUUCUAAAUCUUGGAGCUCGUAUUACCCUUGAUGUCGUUCCAUCAAUUGCUUCUACCCACGUUACGGAUGUCCGUUUCUGGAGCCCAAUGUUUGAUCAAGGAGUCAAGUCCCUUCAGUCUACCCGUCUUCACGCUCCAGUGAGAUUCGAGUCGACUGUCGAGUUCAAGAAUAACAACCUUGAGAUUACUCACAAGUUUGUUGUCCCAGAGAAUUCUAAAACCACCGCUUCGUACCACACUCGCCCAGUUGCUUUUAUCCAUGUCCCAAAAGACCAAGAGAUUACAGAAAUUGAAGAAAAGACUAUCUCUCACUCUGAGUAUCAACUGGCUUGCGAAGAAAUUGAUCGCCAUUACGAUGUUCUUGGUCUCAAAAUCAACGCUCAAGGAAACGUUCUCUCAAAGUGGUGUUUUUCGAAGGCUCACAUGACUGAGCAAGAUUUAGAAUACACUCUUGAGAACAAGAAUCGUCCAGCUGAGUUCGUUGCUCGUUUCACCAUCGAAAACUUGGAGAAGACUGAUCUUACUGAAAUAAAGAUUGACAGGAUCUUCGAGAAGGAAUUCGAUAUGGAGAACAAUAAAUCUAAGAACCGCCGUCAAUACUUCAACAAGAUGAUCCGUAAAAUCCAAUCUGAACAAGGAUACAAGAACCUCAUCUCCAUGAAAUUUGAGGCUCCACAAAAAAUGUACUGGAACCAGGAACUCCGCACUGUCUGUGACCAAUACGUUCGUAUGUGCAAGAUUGAGAUGGACUGCCGUCGUUCCCCAGUUGCCGAGGAGACCAAGGAAUGGACUCUUCACACCGAACUUUUUGCCGUCCGCCCAGAAAUGCUAUCUUCCCUCUGCCAACUCCGUGAACAACCAAACCGUGAGGUUCAACUUGCUCUCAACGCCGAGUGGGGAUCAUCCAAGAAGAGCGAGAUCAUUGUCAGAGCUCAACUUGAACAAUCCAAGGAACAGAAGAAAUACGUCCGCAACAUGGAACGCGAGUUCAACGGAAUCCCAGAACACGAACUAUUGAUCAAGGCUGCCCGCCUUAACCAAAUCAAUGUUGUCUCCGAGUACAAGCUGACCGAAGAAGCUGAACACACCUUCUCUCGUCUCUUUGACUUCAUCAAGGCUUACAACUUCUGGAGUGUUUCCGAGAAGCGUGUCGAGAAUGAAGAACGUCGUGCUGUUCUCCAACUCAUCGUUGAGCCACUUUCCCGCCACUACAUCAACAUGACCAUCCAAACUCCACAACAACAAGUCGAACUCAAGAAUGUCCGUAUCCCACGUGUCUUCCUUCCAAAUAUCGCUCGUCGUGCCAUGGACCAACAAGUCUGGGAAAAGACCGGAGCUUCCUGCAAUGUUGAUCAAUCCGAGGUGUCCGCCUUCGACAACAUCACCUACAGUGCCCCACUCACUACCGGUUUUUCUCUUGUUUCCAAGGACUUCUCUGAGCAACCAACUUUUGCUGUUAUCUCCAAGAUGAUGAACAAAAACAAUGAUGAUUAUUGGCCAAGUUGUCUGCAAUGCGAUUCAUCACUCGGGGAUGUGCAUUCUAUAGUUGAACUAGUUAUAGACAAUGUCGCUGCUCUGUGGCAUUUCGGAUGUAAAUUGGAUUCAAUAAAUUGGAGGCUCUGUACCAAAACGGCAGACAUUGCGGAAGAUACUACGAACGCGAUCGCUAAAAAACUUUUCCCAGAAUUAUCGGAUAAAACUGCAUCACGCCAUGUAGGCUGUUGCCAAAUAUUGAAGAUAUGUCCUGACAAAUCGUUAAAUGGGACGCAACUCGCACCAACAGAGUGGUCUUGUUCGACGUGCUCAACAGUGUUGAAAGAUAUUCUGGAAGUAAGCAUUUAA